UGUCACCUCUUCUUCUUCCUCUUCUAUUUAAAUAAAUGUGCCUCUUCCCCUUCUUAUUUACACAGAAAUAACACAAAUAUAUAUUUCUAAAGAGGGAGUUAGAGAGGUUUUAACGAAGGCAAAAAGGAAUAGCUUUUCAUUUUCUUUUGUCAUUAAUUUUAGGAGCUUUUGACUACAUGGGUGAGGAGAACAAAGGGGAGGAAAAGAAGGAGGAGAAGAAAGAAGAAGAAAAGAAGGUAGAGGAAAAGAAAGAAGAUGAGGUUCCUCAAGAGAUUGUGCUCAAAGUUGAUAUGCAUUGUGAAGCUUGUGCCAGAAAAGUUGCUAGAUCCCUCAAAGGUUUCCAAGGAGUGGAGGAAGUAACGGCGGAUUGUAAGGCGAGUAAAGUGGUGGUGAAAGGUAAAAAUGCAGAUCCUCUCAAAGUAUUCGAAAGAGUUAAAAAGAAAAGUGGUAGAAAAGUGGAACUAAUUUCACCUUUGCCUAAGCCAACUGAAGAUAAAAAAGAUGAAAACAAAGAGGAGCCACCCAAAGAAGAGAAGAAAGAUGAGGUAAAUAAUUUAACUAUGCUCAUUCACCUAUAUUUUUUGAAUAUUAAUUCUCCUGUUUCACUUUUUACUUUUCGAGAUUCUGGCUUAUAGUUAUUCAAUUACAGAUAUCUCCGACUCCUAGACGAUCCUUUCUAAACGAAAUUUUUUUGAACCUUACUCUUUCUUAUUAUUCCACCUAGAUAAAUCUAAAUGGACAACUUGAUUAGGUCAAAUAAUCUCAUAUGUAUAGAAAUAUCAUUAGUUGAUUGAUCUAAGUUCAUGUAAUUUAUUACAACAACAACAAUAAUACAGUGUAAUCUCACAAGUAGGGUCUGGGGAGGGUAA